AGGUUGCAAGCAAAGGAAGGGGCGCGCCUCUGCUGUUGCGCCCCACUUUGAAAGCAUCGUGGGUAGAAGGGAGAGAAAGCUGUAUCCCCUGCUUGACCAGCCCCCCGCCCCAUAUGCUCCGCCGUGGAGGAAUCGCGUCUACUGGGAAGGGGCGCCAGCUCACAAGCUUUCCCAACAGCUUUUUUGUUUUUGUUUGUACUUCUUCCAAAACCACUCUUUAAGAAGUUUAGCGGCUUUUUCUCCAUUUUUCAAAUUAUCAUUUGCUGGCACUUAGUCUUUUUACGUGUACUUUGUUGCUUAGAGAGAGAGAGAGAAUUUAGUGUCUGCUUUGUUCUUUUGUAAGCUGCCUUGAGUCUGUUUUGAAAAAGGCGGAAUGCAAAACCUACAAAAGGAACGCACGCAGGCGAAUGGUUAAAGCCAAUACUCAACUGCUGUGCUGAGCGUUUUACUCAGAAACGCUGAUUUGGGUGCGGAUGCACAGAUUGUGUUAAUCGGAGUUGCUCUCCUCUAGACCUGGGUUCUCAAACCUGGUUCUGCUGUUUUAAGUAAUUUGAUGAUGUUGGAGAUAAUCGGAGCUCCUCUCCUAGAACACUUCCCAGCGUGGAAGUGAUGAGAGAGAACUUUGCUUGUGGCAUAUCUCCCUUGAAAAGUGAAAGCCAGACAGAAACUUCUGUUCUGUUUGAGGCGGCACUAGGCAGGCUGUAGAAGAAUUUUCUUGACUGUCGUUGGAUCUUCCCUUUCUCCUUGGACGAAAAAGAUGGCCGCAACAGAGGAAACUCAGGAGUUGGUGACAUUUGAUGAUAUAGCAGUCCAUUUCUUGAAGUGUGAAUGGGUGCUGCUGAAUCCCAGUCAGCGGGUUCUGUACAGUGAGGUGAUGCAGGAGAAUUAUACCAAUGUGGUCUCACUGGGGGGCCAUCCAUUUCCCAAACCUGAACUUAUUUCCCAGCUGGAACGUGGGGAGGAGCCACUGGUUAGAGACCUCAAGAACUCGAAAGCAGUGAAAGUCCCAUUGUGUGCCCGCUCAGGUGAAGGAUCAGCUUCUUCAGCCACUAGAGCGAUGAGGCUAAGCUCUGUGACCCGUACUACCCAUCUUGGCAUAUGGCGGAGAGGCCCAAGUCAACGACGACAUUGCCGACCAUCAUGGUGGAUUAACUUCCCAAAACUGGUCUUCUCUCUGAAAGACAGAAUUCUGAAGGCAGUUCAGUCUCUCAAGUCUAGCCGCUGCCAGAUUCAAGAGUUGCUGUCACAAUCCCUGCAUCACCAGCAAUGGAUCCAGGAGCAACUGGGAGAACUGCUUAGACUUCUGCAACUAAACCAUGAGGAGGACCGGAAGAAUGAGCAGGACCUGGAUGGCAGACGCCUGGACCACCUUGAACUGCGGCUGGACAGGUUGCACAUGUGCAUGCUUGCCACCCUGGCGGCAACAGGGAUGGAGAGAUCUGCUCCUGCCCUCCUAAGCUGAUUUCAGAUUGACGCUGACUAGGGAUGUGCAUGGUCUGGACUGGUCUGAACCGGCACCGA